AUGACAUUAGAGGAUUUCGAAAAGUCAUUAGCAGAAAGUCAAGAAAAGAGACACGAGAAAAGCGAUAGGGACCGACACUAUCGAGACCGCCGUGACCGUCAUAGUGACCGUCACAGCGACCGCAAAGCGGAAUCGAGGUACCAUCGUCACUCGCGACCCGGUCAUCAUAGUCGGCGCCAUUCGUCGAGAUCCCGCGACCGCGGAUCUGAGAGGGAUCGUGAAUCUCGCCGUCACGACCGCCACGACCGCCACGACGAUGAUGGUCACCGACACAAGCGCUCACGUCACUCGACUGAAAAAGGGGACGAUGAACAUGCACGGAAGCGAUCUAAAGAUGUAGAGGAAGCUUCUGCCCCGAAGGAAACUGUUCAAGAAGAAGCUAUUCAAGAGGAAUCUGCUCUGAAACGAGACUCCUGGAUGGAAGCACCUUCGGCACUUGACAUUGAUUACGUUCAGCGGCGAAAGCCUUCGCUCAUUGAAGAAGAUUCGAAGCCCAAAAUGCUAUCGGCGGACUUCGAGCUUAAAAUUCACGAAAAGGAGCUAAAUUCUCAUCUUCGGGACCUUAGAGAUGGAAAGGAUUUGGAGGGCAUCAGCGAGGAACCUGCUCAGCGCAAGGUGGAUUACACGUUUGGGGACUCGGGGUCCCAGUGGAGAUUGACUAAGCUCAAGGGUGUGUACAGAGAAGCUGAGACAAGCGGUAGGCCUGUGGAAGAUGUCGCUAUUGAACGCUUUGGAGAUCUUGAAUCAUUUGACGACGCCCGAGAAGAAGAAAUUGAGAUGGAUCGGCGCGAUACUUAUGGCAAAUCCUACGAGGGCAAGGAAAAGCCAAGUGGAGAGUUGUUUCAAGAGCGAAAACUUAAGAACCCAGUCCACAGAGAUGUUCGCGAUUCAUCUGAGGAGUCUAAGACCGAGGGCCAGGGCCAGAGAAUGGACGUUCAACCACCUUCCAACUCCACUAAGCCUCUGGAUCUGACGGCAUUGAACCGCCUCAAGGCACAGAUGAUGAAGGCCAAACUGAAAAAUUCUCCAGAUGCAGCUGAGCUUGAAGAGCAAUAUGAUAUAGCCGCUGCGGCUAUGGCUAACCGCAAAGACCCUGGUGUUGUGGUACUUGAUGUUCAACAUAAUCGUCUGCUAGCCGGUUCUAAAAACGAGGUCAAGGCAGUUGACACUAAACGUGGUCGUGAGAGAGGCCAAGUGGAAGAUAAUGAAGACAUGACAAUCGAGGAUAUGGUUCGUGAAGAACGUAAAACUCGCGGUCAAUAUGGUGGAGAAGGAAGGCGAUUAGCCGAGCGCAUUGGUCGCGACGAAAAAUUUCAGAAUGAUUUGGAAUAUAUGGAUGAUAAUGCGGCCAAGCUGGCUAAGAGGGUGCAGCGGUCCGAGAUCGACAUCAAAAACUCAACAAUCCAUGAUUUCCACAGGAUGAACAAGAUCUUGGAUAAUUGCCCUCUUUGUCAUCAUGAAGAUACAAACACACCCCCAAUUGCGCCUGUUAUAUCUCUAGCGACCCGUGUCUUCUUGACACUGCCCACUGAACCCGAACUCAGUGAAGGGGGUGCUACAAUCGUUCCCAUUCAACACAGAACCAAUCUGAUGGAGUGUGAUGAUGACGAAUGGGAGGAAAUCCGCAACUUCAUGAAGAGCCUUACGCGCAUGUAUCACGACCAAGGCCGUGAUGUAAUUUUCUACGAAAACGCAGCUCGGCCUCAACAAAAGCGACACGCAGCUAUGGAAGUAGUGCCUUUGCCAUACAGUAUUGGCGACACCUCCCCAGCAUUCUUUAAGGAGGCUAUUCUCAGCGCCGAGGGCGAAUGGUCUCAGCAUCGCAAGAUUAUCGAUACUCUAGAAGGUGCCAAGAAAGGACUCGGAAGAAAUGCAUUCCGCCGAACACUCGCAAAGGAAAUGCCCUACUUCCACGUCUGGUUUGAGCUGGAUGGUGGCCUCGGCCAUAUUGUUGAAGAUGAGCAACGUUGGCCUCGUGGAGAUUUGUUCGCGAGAGAAAUCAUUGGCGGUAUGCUUGACUCAGCUCCAGACGCUAUUAAGCGACAGGGUCGCUGGCAGAGAGGUAGCGAUCGAAGAGUAGACGGUUUCCGAAAACGUUGGAGGAAAUUUGACUGGACUCGUAUCCUGAUUGAGGGAUAG